AUGGCAGACCUUGCGCCCCCACCUACCACCAAAGUCUCCGACGUAAUCACCUCCUUCCGCCCAACCAAACAGUUCAAAACCAGCACCCCGGUCUCCUACACCUCCAUCGACCACGACGAUAGCGGCGAGUUCCUUCUCCUCUCCCGCACCGAUGACACCAUCCAAAUGUACAACACCAAAGCCGGCGCUCCGGCGAAGGAACUAAAGAGUCAAAAUCAGAGCAUUAUUUAUGCUAGUACCAAGGGGGAUGAUGCGAUACGAUACUUGAGCAUGCAUGAUAACAAUUUCAUACGCUAUUUCCGGGGCCAUGAGGGGAGGGUGACGAGUUUGUGUUUGAGUCCUAGUGGAGAUCAAUUCAUGUCCUCCUCUCUCGACGGCACCGUCAAGCUAUGGGACCAUCGCUCUAGUAGUGCGCAGGGAGAACUGAGGUUCGAAGACCCCUGGCUCACGGCUUACGAUCCUAGCUCGACUGUCUUUGCCGUUGCCUCACCGACGGCGCAAGCGGUGGUGUUGUAUGAUCUCAAGAACUUCGACAAACCGCCGUUUGCUACUUUCGACCUCGCGGACGUGGAGAAGAGGUAUGUGCACCUUGGUCAACGACCGGCGGAAGGCUGGACGGGGUUGGAGUUUGGGAAUAACGGGAAGUUCCUGCUUAUCACGACGAACGGGGGUGGGCAUUAUCUGCUUGAUGCUUUCUCGGGAGAUCUCGUGCACUACUUGCACAAAUCUUCUGGUAAUGGUGUGACUUCACGUCUGGCUCCGGGCGACCCGCGACCGGAUCCCACGUCAGUCUACACGCAAGCGGAUGCUUGUCUCUCCCCCGAUGGUCGUUUCGUCAUUGGCGGUAGUGGUUCGCAGAGUGGACUAGUUGUUUGGGACUCACAGGAUUCCUCGGGUGUGGACAAGGUGUUGAAGCCGUCUGCCGAUCUGCCUAGUGCCAAGUCGGCGGCGGUGGUGGCGUAUAAUCCGCGGUUCAAUUUGCUGGCGAGUGCGGAUAAGGAUGUGCUGCUCUGGCUGCCAGAUGGGGAUUUGUGA